AUGGGGGGAACAUCUGAUCCGUACGUCAAGGUCUUCCUGCUGCCUGACAAAAAGAAGAAAUUUGAGACAAAAGUUCACCGAAAAACCCUCAACCCUGUCUUCAAUGAACAAUUUACUUUCAAGGUGCCGUACUCGGAAUUAGGUGGCAAAACUCUGGUGAUGGCUGUGUACGAUUUCGAUCGCUUCUCCAAGCAUGACAUCAUUGGAGAGUUCAAAGUUCCUAUGAACACUGUGGAUUUUGGCCACGUAACCGAGGAAUGGCGUGAUCUCCAGAGUGCUGAGAAGGAAGAGCAAGAAAAACUGGGGGACAUCUGCUUCUCCCUCCGCUACGUCCCUACUGCCGGCAAGCUGACGGUCGUCAUUCUGGAAGCUAAGAACUUGAAGAAAAUGGAUGUGGGUGGCUUAUCCGACCCUUAUGUCAAGAUUCAUCUGAUGCAGAACGGCAAGAGGCUGAAGAAGAAGAAGACAACCAUUAAGAAGAAUACGCUUAACCCCUACUACAAUGAGUCCUUCAGCUUUGAAGUUCCUUUCGAGCAAAUCCAGAAAGUGCAAGUGGUGGUGACGGUUUUGGACUAUGACAAGAUCGGCAAGAACGACGCCAUCGGCAAAGUCUUUGUGGGAUACAACAGCACCGGCGCGGAGCUGCGACACUGGUCAGACAUGCUGGCCAACCCCCGGCGACCCAUCGCCCAGUGGCACACUCUGCAGGUCGAGGAGGAGGUUGAUGCCAUGCUGGCCGUCAAGAAGUAAGAGGAAGAAGAAGCCUUUCUGCGUUUGCCCACCUAGUGCUCUUUAGCCGGUAUCUGUAAAUACCUCAGUAAUAUGGGUUCUUUCAGUUUCCAGCCACGCAUUCCUAACAAGAGUCAGUGGUACUUCAGACCCUGUUUUGAUUUGCACAAAUUUCAGUGUAGAGAGCUCCCAUGCCCUUCAUCCAUGCCACUGCCCUCCAAAUCUACUCUUCUUUUAAGCAAUAUGAUGUGUAGAUAGAGCAUGACUGAAAUUAUGUAUUGUAUCACACCGUUGUAUAUACCAGUAUGCUAAAGAUUUAUUUCCGGUUGGUGUAUUUGUAUGUUGUAAGCGUUUCCUAAUCUGUGUAUAUCUAGAUGUUUUUAAUAAGAUGUUCUAUUUUAAACUAUGUAAAUUGAUGGAGAUAUAGGAGAGCUGAUAAUAUAUUAUAUGGUAAAUAUAGUAUCGUCUGCAUUCCAGCAAAAAAAUACCGACUUGAAAGGCACUGGUACCGUGAAACUGACGUCUUAAAGGACAACUUAAACCUGAGCUUUCUAUUGACAUUUGAGUACCAAGAUUUGCCCGCACGACAUCUUCGGUGGGCGAACCCCAUUCUGUAGAAUUCUUUCACAGGCAAAUAGCAUGACCCGAGCAGCAUCCAGGCUGACCUCAAGGAAGCGAAGCCACGACCCAGAAUAGCAUCUGUCUGUAUGUCUCUGCAAAGCUAAAACCAUGACUUCACUCUUACGUUCAGGGAAGCGAGUUCAGUGAGUUCCUAUGACUGCAUCAAAGAGCAGCACCAGGCUGGUGUUCUCUGCGCGAGCGCGUGCGUGCAUGCAUGCGUGCG